GUUAUCAUCACAGAAUAAUAUUAACAAAAAUACCCAUCUUCUAUAUUGAUCAUAUAGAGAAAGAAAAAAAAUUAAAUAAAUAGCCAAGGAGAGAGAGCAAGAAAACAUUUCAAGGUAAUUAUGUCUUAAAUAAGUAAAGUUUUAAUUACCUACCAAUAUAUAUAUAUUUAUGUAUGUAUACGUAUUACGGUAUUACAUAUUGAUUAAUUAGUAUAUUAAUACGAUAUUUACUUCUAUUAUCAUGUGUACAUGUUAAUCAAUCAUCGUAGAUAGAGUACCAUUAAUUAAUUUUUAAAUAAGGAAGAUUAUUAAGAACACUCCUUCAACCUUCAUGAGAAUAAAUAAAUAAGCAUACGUAAAUGUAGUCAAAGGUACAUGUGCACCUAAUCAAGAGAAUUAAUAAUUAGAAUAAUUUAUAUUGAGAAAUCUUAUUAUUUUAAUCGUAUAUAUCCAAUAAAAUCGUUCCACCUUUUAUUAAAUUUGGUUCUUUUUUUUUUGGAGGAAAACAAAAAUAAAUCAAGUUUGAGAUUUUUUUCGAAGAUAAAAAAAAGAAAUUAGCACACCAAAUUUUACAACCUUCCCUCCUUUUUGAAAUUACAAAGCAAUAGCUUUUAUAUAUUAUAUAAAUAUAUAAAACUAACAUAAGUUUAUAUUUUGAAUCAUAGAUAUCUACUUGAUUUCAAAAUCAUAGACUUAAUUAAAGAAAAUGAUGAUUUACUUAGCUUGAGCAUUGACUAACUUCUCUACGUGUCCAAUUAACCAAAAUAGAAUUAUUAAAUCAUCUAUGAAACAAAAACUUGCUAACUAAAAGUCCAAAAGCUGUAUAGUUGUACAAAGGAUUCACAUUUAAUUGUCCAAAAUAAGGGUCUUCGUGUCUAAUCAGUUAUGUAUAAAUAUACCCUAUAUUUAUAUAUGUAUAUAUAUUCGAAAUGGGAUAAUCAGUUAUAUUAAAAUACGUGUUUAGUAAUAAUUAUUACAAUAUUAAUCUUUUUCAUAAAUUAUUAAUCUAAUGUGUUACAUAAUUGGAUACAUGCACAAUUAAGUUCUCAAGUUUUUUUUAUCAUUUGUCUCUUAUUUUUGUGAAAUUGCAUUAAGUGAGUUUCACACAUAUGAUAAAAUUUUGAUAAUAUAAUUAUUUUUAUUAUUCUAUAUGAAAAGAAAAAUCUUAUCCUAAAUCUUACCAGAAAGUAAUAUGUAUUGACAGACUAAAAAAAUGAAUAGAAAGAGGCGUCUUUUAGGCAAGGACUAAGGAGAGUGUUGAAUUGAAACUUGAAAAAUGAGAACUUAGUGGUGAGAGUGGGGACCGUUAAAAAAAAUGCGAAGGUGCACCUUAAAACAUUCCUAUAAGAUAAUAGUGGUAAUUAGUAUGUGAUACCUUAGUUAAUGAUAUUUUAUAAUAAUUAUUAAAUUAAAUUAUAUUAGACGAUAAGUUAAUACCAAUAACAAUAUAACAUUAUUUAAAGUAAUUUUAAAUACUUUACUACUAAGAUGCCAAUUACUAAAUUUUACAGAAGAUAGUAAACUAUUAUUAAUCUUAUAUAUUUUAAUUUAAUAAAUAAUAUAAAAAAUUAUUAAUCACCCACAAUAUAGUGUUAGGAUUAAUAAUUUUGCCCUUAUAAAAUUAAUAAUUUUUUAAUUAUACCCCUACAUAUAUUUAUUUUCCUCCCAUAAAAUUUAUAUUUUUAUUUCUAUCCCUUCUAGAUUUACAGUUUUCAUAUUUAUAUUCACAUAUUUGGCUCGGCUCGCCACUGCAGUAAUAAUAGCAAUGUUUUUAAAAUAAUAUAUGAAAUAUGAAAUUCAAAAAAUGAUGAGUCAAACCUUUGUGUUUGGAUACACGGAAAACGAAAAGAAAAGGUGUGUUUGUCGUUGACGCGUAUCACCAAGCUUUAUGCUUGAUAUUACAUUAAAAUAUAUGACACUUUAAUAACACGUGGGAGUGUCAAACUCCAUUUUCAAACUCUUCUAAGUACCCUUCUCUAUAUAUAUAACCCAGUCCUUUCCUCCUACAUACAUCUCAAACUCAAACCCAAUUCCAUUUUCUCACUGAAAGGAAGGAGAACACAGUUUCCAACUUCUAGUGUUUGAUCCUUCUUUCUCUUUCUAAUAAAUCUCUUUGAUAUCUAUAAAUAUAGCCCAUAUCAUCAUCAUCAUCAAUUUGGGAUUUUUAUUGUCUUUUUGUUUUGGGGGUGAGUCUCGAUUUGUGUGUCAAUAAUUUUCUGUAGAGUCUACGUUAAUACAGUUGAGAGUUUAAUACUCGGUGAAAAAACUAAUCUUGACUCCAUUAAACACCCACUCCCUUUUCUUCUUCCUCUGUUUUCUUUGCAUGUAAAAAGUGCACAAAAUUUGAGAUUUUUCAAAGACAGAGAGAGACAUUAGUGUUGUUAGUUUGAUAACAUCUUUUGUGUUUAUUUCUUAACAAAAAGAUGGGUGAAAACGUUGGUACUGGAAAGAACCAGCUUCAACAUCGCCAAGUGUUUGAUGUUUCACUCGAUGUUCCCCCACAAGGUGGCUCCAAAUGUUUUGACGAUGAUGGGCGUCUCAAGAGAACAGGAACUGUUUGGACUGCAAGUGCUCACAUAAUAACAGCUGUGAUUGGGUCUGGGGUUCUAUCCUUAGCUUGGGCCACUGCUCAGCUCGGAUGGGUUGCUGGUCCUACUGUUAUGUUCUUGUUCUCCUUUGUAACUUACUACACUUCAACCCUUCUCUCUGAUUGCUAUCGUUCCGGUGACACUGUUACUGGAAAGAGAAACUACACUUACAUGGAUGCAGUUCGAUCAAAUCUUGGUGGAGUUCAGGUCAAGUUUUGUGGGAUAAUUCAGUACUUGAAUCUUUUUGGAGUAGCCAUUGGCUAUACUAUAGCCUCAUCUAUAAGCAUGAUGGCAAUAAAAAGGUCUAAUUGCUUCCACGAGAGUGAUGGGAAAGAUCCUUGUAAAAUGAACAGUAAUCCUUACAUGAUCGCUUUUGGGAUAACCCAAAUCAUCUUUUCCCAAAUCCCAGACUUUGAUCAGCUUUGGUGGCUAUCUAUUGUUGCUGCGGUUAUGUCCUUCACCUAUUCGACGAUUGGUCUAGGCCUUGGAAUAGCUAAAGUUGCAGAAAAUGGAAAAAUGAGUGGAACUAUGACAGGAAUAAGCAUUGGAACUGUGACUCAAACUCAGAAAAUUUGGAGGAGCUUCCAAGCACUUGGUGACAUUGCUUUUGCCUACUCUUACUCAAUCAUCCUCAUUGAAAUUCAGGACACAGUAAGAUCCCCACCAGCAGAAGCCAAGACAAUGAAGAAAGCUAGUUUGGUUAGUGUAACAGUGACUACUCUUUUCUACAUGCUCUGUGGUUGUAUGGGCUAUGCUGCUUUCGGCGACAUGUCCCCUGGGAACCUUCUCACUGGUUUUGGGUUCUACAACCCUUACUGGCUCCUUGACAUAGCUAAUGCAGCCAUUGUAAUCCACCUUGUUGGCGCAUACCAAGUCUACUGCCAACCCCUUUUCGCCUUUGUUGAAAAGAAGGCUGUAGAAAUGUACCCUGACAGCAAAUUCAUCACCAAAGAAAUCAUAAUCCCCAUUCCUGGUUGCAGUCCUUAUAGGCUGAAUUUCUUUAGAGUAGUUUGGAGGACUAUUUUUGUGAUCAUAACAACUGUCAUCUCCAUGCUUUUACCCUUCUUUAACGACAUAGUUGGGCUUCUUGGGGCUCUGGGAUUCUGGCCUUUGACAGUUUACUACCCUGUGGAGAUGUACAUAGUUCAAAAGAAGAUACCAAAGUGGAGCACCAGAUGGCUUUGCCUCCAAACCUUAAGUGUGGCUUGUCUUAUCAUAACCGUAGCUGCUGCUGCUGGCUCCAUAGCUGGUGUGGCUCUUGAUCUCAAAUCCUAUAAGCCCUUUAGCACCAGCUACUGAUCAUUUUGGAAGAAAGUUUAACUUUUCCAAAGUUAAUUACUUAUGAAUUUCAAAUCCAAAAAAGAAAACAAUCAAAGAAUUGGUCUCCAAGGGUUUCAAUUCUAGCUCAUGUUCAUAUAACAAACCUGAAUUGGUGAUGUUAUAGCUGCUGUCAGUAGUUCUUUUUUUUUCUUUUUUUUUUUUAAUGUCAUUAUGGGAAAAGGAAAGUCAUGUAUGUAUGUACGUAAAUGAAAUUGAAGAAUUAUGAAUCUCUGAUUCAAGUAUGUUAAAAAAAAAAAACACUUUCCUUCAUAUUUAUCCAAAA